AUGGUACAGUUCGAUGGCCCUCAUGGAAAGCUUGGACCCGGAUACUUUUACCGUGGUGCCCGCAACCCUCCAGCAGAACCCACCCAACGAUUUGAUGGAAAGACGGUUCUCGUGACUGGAUGUAACACUGGUGUUGGCUACCAAGCGGCCGUGAAAAUCGCGGCCCUGAACCCCAAAAAACUGAUCCUAGGCACUCGAACAUUGGCCAAAGGCGAGGCUACUCGAGACAAAAUCCUAAAGCAAGUACCAUCAAUCAACCUUUCGGCUAUAGAAAUAUUCGAAAUCGAAUAUACAUCCUUCCGUUCCGUCAGCAAAUUCGCCGAAGCAAUCAAGAAGUCCACUACCACUCUUGACUGUGUCCUUCUCAGCGCCGGUCUCGUCAACCCCUCUUACGAAGCCACCAAUGAAGAAGGAGUCGGGAGCUGGGAUAUGGGUAUCAAAGUUAAUGUCUUGUCAGCUGCAUUGUUGGCAAUUGAACUUCUCCCGCUUUUGAGGCAAACACCUGGAAGUGUCCUGAACUUCGUGGGGUCCACUGGGUAUUGUAAUGUGACUAGUCAACAAUUCAAGCCUAUUCUUGAGAAGAUUUCGAACGGCCAGUCAACGGAAGACGUGAGUGUAUUAGAAUUUUUCAAUGAUGAGCAGCGUUGGAACCCCGAGGCCGGAUAUUGCGAGGCGAAAUUGUUGCUCAUGUUUGUUCUUCAGGGGCUCGUGAAGUCUCUUGGUGGAAGCCAGGGUAAACUUCCUGCUUCAGGAAACGGUCCUGUACUUUUGGCAUGUUGCCCCAACCAAACAAAGACCGAUUUAGGAAGGAACUUUCCAAUUGGAAUGAAAGUGUUUAUGUUUGUUUGGAACUCUGUUCUGGCGAGGACAGCAGAGCAAGGGAGUAGGACAUUGGUGUCUGGGUUGACCUUGGGCGAGGAGGCGAAUGGGAGACUGUGGGUGAAUGAUCGAUUCGAUGAUCGAUCCCCUAAUAUCACGGCAAGUGAGUGGGAAGUAUUGCAACAGGUGGCUUGGAAGGAGAUUGUGCAGGUUUUGAAAGCUUAUAAGCCCGAUUUGACAGUCUGA